AUGUCAACGACGCCCGGCGCAAAGUCCCGCUCCAUAACCCCGACAGUCUUCGAGCAGCAACGGGCAGAACUCGUAAGAGAAAUCGCCGUGGGCAUGGAGCAAGUUCUCCAGAAUAUGAAUCGGCUCAAUCGGAACUUGGAGAGCAUCAUCUCUGUGGGGAAUGAGUUUGGCUCCGUCGAGGCCCUGUGGUCGCGGUUUGAGAAUUUCAUGGGCCAGCCGGCUGAGGGGACGGAGGCUCCGGAUCGGCGGAACGAGGGGGGGCAGCAGCAGGAGGAGAAGGAGGCGCAGAGUGAGCUUCGCGAUGAGGAGAUGAAGGAUGCUGAGGCUUGA